UUCACAUUUUGCUCCCACAAACUCGCUAGCGGCUUUCACAAAGAAAUCCAGCAUUUUGCGGCGACUAUCACGAACCUUUCCCACUCCACAUCUCAACCACCCCUCAAGACACGAUAAUCCCGAGAGAGAGUCACCAUGUCGACAAAGCCUACUACCAAGACGUUCGGCAAGUCGAGCCGUGAGGUCCCUGCUGCCGCGGACAAGGCUAAGAAGUGGUACAACGCCGAUGACGAGACCGACCCCAAGAAGGUCCGCAAGGCCGUCCGUGCCUGGACUCCUAGAAAGUCCCUUCAGCCCGGUACUGUCCUGAUCCUCCUCGCCGGCCGCUUCCGUGGCAAGCGCGUCGUUCUCCUCAAGUCCCUCGACCAGGGUGUCCUCCUCGUCACCGGCCCCUUCAAGAUCAACGGUGUUCCUCUGCGCCGCGUCAACGCCCGCUACGUCAUUGCCACCUCCUACAAGGUCGACCUUGCCGGCCUCGACCAGAAGAAGGUCGAUGAGGUUGCUCAACCAAAGUACUUCACCGCCGAGAAGGCUAAGGAGAAGGCCGGUCAGGAGGCUUUCUUCAAGCAGGGAGAGAAGGCUCAGAAGAAGGAGAUUAACAGCACCCGUGCUGCCGACCAGAAGGCUAUCGACAAGGCUUUGAUUGCCAGCAUCAAGAAGGUCGACUUGCUGCCCAGCUACCUCGCCAGCUCUUUCAGCUUGAGAAAGGGUGACAAGCCCCACGAGAUGGCUUGGUAAGCGGCUUUUGUUUAUUAAAAAAUAACGAGGGAGCGGCAAGGAAAAGAAAAUGGAAAAAAUGGGAAACUAUUUGAUACAAUGACACGUCUUCUUUUUUUUUGUUAUUACUUUGCUUCAAACGCCUCGGUGAACCAGUGCUUUUGUUACGCAAGGGAAAAAGAAGGAAGACGGAGAGUGUAUCAAAGGACCCUGCACCCCAUGGGCUAGAGUACUUGUCAUUUCGCUCUCGCGAGCCGCUUGGAAAAAAGAAAACUCGGGGAAUCAGGGGAGGAUGAUACAGGCGUUGCAGUGCGGAAGAAAAUGGAAACGGUUGCAACGUUCACGCAGUUGUAGAAACGGGAUGGGUGUCUGCGAACGAGCUGGUUUAGCUCAUUGCAUUUUGGAAGUCGACGGCAUCGGUCACAUCUUGGCGUCUGUAAUCAGGUUUUUACAGCAAAGAAUCAAAAAUCUUAAAUGACCAUUUAAACACUCUUAGUCUCGUCCCAUGUGAAAAUGUGCAAUAUACCUUUGUAGCAAUUGAACUCUUAGCGCAGCCGUUGGACGUUGGAUAUAUAAAACUGUUUGUAUUUUUACUACUGUAUCCGCCAUAUUUUAGGCCUUUUCUACGUACAUGUGCGGCGCCAACGCCACGCCCGACAACCACUUACUAACUCCACUCCCCACAAACGCCCAAACGCCCCCCCAAUGUUUGGGCAACUCAACUCACUUCUGCUACUUUUACUUUUAAAGCUUGCGGUCAACGAAACUCUGAACAAGACCCUCGAUAGUGUCGGGGUAGUGCUUAAUGGAGACAUCGCGGACCUUGGUGCCCCAGUACUCGAGGCCAACAUGGGACAUCUGGUUGUAGAACUUGGUUCCCUCUUCGACAUCACCAGUAGACUUGUAGAUGUGGGUCUUCUGGAGGAAAUCGGCAACAGCUGU